AUGACCCGACAUCCAUCGCACGGAUCCCGCCUGGCGGACUGCACGGCGCUGACCCCGCAUCCCAGCACGCCGGGAUCCGCUGCACGGACCGCACUGCACCGAGCCCGCCGGGCGGACCGCGUAUCCCGGGCCUCCCGCAUCCCGAGCCCCAUCGCCCCGCGCUGCCCUCGGCGCGGCGGGCAUAGCCCCCGGCGGCCGGCGCGGGGGGCCCGGCUGCUGCCGCUGCUGCUGCCGCUGCUGCUGCUGCCGGCGGCGGGCGGCGGGUGCGCGGCGGAGGGCGGCCCGCUGGAGCCCUUCGAUGCGCUCUACGCCAGCGGGGUGGAGGCGUACUACGGCGGCGACUUCGCGGGCGCGGCGCGGUGCCUGGAGCGGGCGCUGCGCAGCCGGCGGGAGCUGCGGGCGGCGCGGCUGCGGUGCCGGCGGCUGUGCCGAGCGCAGGUGCGGCUGGAGGAGCCGGGCCCGGGCACCGGAGGGGACCUGCGGUUCUUCGGCUCGGUGCUGCGGCGCGCAGAGUGCGUGCGGCGCUGCGAGGAGCCGCGCCUGGGCGCCGUGUCCCGGCACCGCGCCGCCGAGGAGGUGCGCGCCGACUUCCAGCGCAGGGUGCCCUACAGCUACCUGCAGCGCGCUUACAUCCAGCUGAACAAGCUGGAGGAGGCAGCAAAUGCAGCUCACACCUUCUUCAUGGCAAACCCUGAGCACAUGGAGAUACAGCAGGACCUGGAGAACUACAAGACCAUGUCAGGGAAGGCCAGCUUGAUUGACCAGGAGGCCAGGCAGCACAUGGAGGACUACAGUGCUGGGGUGAGGCACUAUGACAGAGAGGAGUACGAGCUGGCCAUUGAGCUCCUGGAGCGUGCCCUGCAAGGAUACUACUCUGAGGAUGAGGAUUGCCAGCUCAUGUGCGAGGGACCGCAGAGGUUUGAGGAGCACGAGCACCUGGAUUACAAGGCUGGUCUCUACGAAGCUAUUGCAGAUCACUACAUGCAGGUGCUGGCCUGCAAGCACGACUGUGUCCGGGAGCUGGCCACGCGCUCGGGCCGCAUCUCGCCCAUCGAGAACUUCCUUCCCCUCCACUACGACUACCUGCAGUUUGCCUAUUACAGAGUUGGUGACUAUGUAAAAGCCCUGGAGUGUGCCAAGUCCUACCUGCUGUUCCACCCGGACGAUGAAGAUGUCCUAGAGAAUGCAGGUUAUUACGAGGGCCUCUUGGAAGGUACAGUGGAUCCAGCCACCAUCAAACCCAGAAAGGAAGCCAGAGCGCUGCUGCGGCGGCACAAGCUGGAGUCCCACCUCCUGCGGGUGGCUGCGGCCGGCCUGGGAUUCGCCUACACGGAGCCGAACUACUGGAACAGGUACGGCGCCCGCCAGGACGAGCACAGUGUCCCAUCAAGCAUAAGCAGUGAACCCGAGGAUGGGCCCCGGCUGUCCCUGACAAAGAAACCCAUGCCAAAGCCGGAUCGAGAGCUGAAGGAGGGGGGCCCUCUUCUGUACAGCGAUGUGAAGUUUGUCUACAACUCUCAGCAGCUGAAUGGCACCCAGCGAGUGCUGCUGGAUAAUGUCAUCUCAGAGGAGCAGUGCCGGGAGCUGCACAGGGUGGCCAGUGGGAUCAUGUUGGCUGGAGAUGGCUACAGGGGUAAAACCUCCCCCCACACCCCGAAUGAGAGAUUUGAAGGAGCCACUGUCCUCAAAGCCCUCAAGUAUGGCUACGAGGGCCGUGUCCCACUGAAGAGUGCCCGGCUGUUCUAUGACAUCAGUGAGAAGGCUCGCAGGAUCGUCCAGUCCUACUUCCAGCUCAACUCCACGCUCUACUUCUCCUACACGCACCUGGUGUGCCGCACCGCGCUCUCCGGCCAGCAGGAGCGCAGGAAUGAUCUGAGCCAUCCCAUCCAUGCUGACAACUGCCUCUUGGACCCCGAAGCCAACGAGUGCUGGAAGGAACCUCCUGCCUACACCUUUCGGGAUUACAGUGCCCUCCUGUACAUGAACGCAGAUUUUGAAGGUGGCGAGUUCAUUUUCACCGAGAUGGACGCCAAAACUGUGACAGCCUCCAUCAAGCCCAAGUGUGGGAGGAUGAUCAGCUUCUCGUCGGGCGGCGAGAACCCCCACGGGGUGAAGGCGGUCACCAAGGGCCAGCGCUGCGCUGUGGCUCUCUGGUUCACCUUGGACCCUCUCUACAGAGAGCUGGAACGAAUCCAGGCAGAUGAAGUGAUUGCAAUGUUGGACCAGGAGCAUCUAGGACCCAGUGAAAUGAACAUCAACCCAAAGGAUGAGCUAUGAACUAGGCCAAAGACUUUUUCUAUUAAAUAUUUAUUUAAUAUUGUUAAUCUUAUUAGAACCCUUCUAUUUUUGUACAGAGAUGCUGUAUAAA